AUGAAUAUGCUCCUUGGCAAAUUUCGAUUCUUUGGCUUUGUGUUUCAGCCGGUUGGAAAAGAGCUCGAAAUGGAGCUCGAGGGCAAGCCUUCGAGCGCUGACGGAUACAUAGCUGUCGGCUUUUCAGAGGAUCCAAAAAUGGGCAAUGAUAUGGUCGUAUUUUGUGCUCGUUUUGGCGACUCCGUGAAGGGCGGGCUGAUGCGUAAUGUGAAACCAUUCCGUGUAGAGAACAACACUGGUGUGCAAACAAUCGUCUCAGCAACCAAAAAUGGCGACGUUAUCAACUGUGUGAUACGGCAGGUCAAGAAACUAGAAGAUCGUCCAGAGCUAUUCGAUCUUGGCGGCUCCUACUACAUCCUUUUUGCCAGAGGUCCCUACGUAGAAAAAAGUACGUCUUUUUCAACCAGCUUUCUUCUAUUUAACAAGUUGUGCUGGUCUACAUGUGGUACAAAAAAGGGAUGCGUUUUCGCGCCCGAAGGCUGCGAGAAGACAAAGGACUGCACUUUCCGUUUCAGCUAUAAGCCGGAUGGAAAAGAACUCGAAAUGGAGCUCGAGGGCAAGCCUUCGAGCGCUGACGGAUACAUAGCUGUCGGCUUUUCAGAGGACCAAAAAUGGUCUGCUCUGUACGAAUUGGUUCAGUGGCGAGCACUUUCUUAG